AUGCUAAAGCCUACAUCCUCGUCCCUCUUCUCCUUCCGGUCCGCUGAUGGCGCCCUAUCUGUGCCCGUCGCGGCGAGCUGGAUUGCUCUGAUCUGGUACACAGUCGUGCAACUAGUAUGCGCCUUGGGAUAUUUCCAAAUAUGGAGAUAUUUCUCGCGACAGCCACACCGGUCCCGUCUAGCAAACGCCGCCGACGCACCGCACGUCACCGCCAUCCGGCCAGUCAAGGGUCUCGAACCACACCUCUAUGACUGCCUCGCUGCCACCUUCCGCCAGGACUAUCCGCGCGACAAGCUGACCAUCUGUCUCUGCGUAUCGACACGAGACGAUCCCGCCUACCCCACGUUGCGCAAGCUCAUCACCGACUUCCCGUAUGUCGACGCGCGUGUCUUCGUCGAAGAGGAGGAUCCGCUGUUGCAGCAGGAUGGAACCAAUACUUAUACGCUAGGCCCGAAUCCCAAGAUCCGGAAUAUGAGCCGUGCAUACCGCGAGGCUAAGGGCGACAUCAUCUGGAUCAUCGACUGUAAUGUCUGGGUUGGGAAGGGUGUUUGCGGCCGGAUGGUGGAUCGACUGUGCGGGACUGGAGCGAUGCCGGGCAAGAAAUACAAGUUCGUGCAUCACCUGCCUGUGGCUGUGGAUGUUACGGGGGAGAGUAAUUUGCUUGAAGAGCGGCAAGCGCUUUUGGAUGCUAACCGCCAGGCCUCGGAUGCGGAUGCGGACGUUGCCGCUGCCGUUAUGCCCUCUGUUCGUCCGGAGGAUGGGCCGGCGGCCAUGAUUGCGACGGGAGGUGGUCGGCUGGAAGAGCUGUUCCUAUCCUCUGCUCAUGCAAAGAUGUACACGGCUAUCAACACCGUUCUUGUUGCGCCUUGCAUUGUGGGCACGCCAUGCCGGUAUCGACUUUUUUCGGAAAACAUUUGCGAAGACCACCUGAUCGGUGAUCUUCUUUGGAAAAAGAAAGUGCAGGAAGAGAAAGAGCUCGGUGAACGUUGGGGCAAGCAUGCCAUGGUCUUUGGUGAUCUGGCAGUCCAGCCGGUUGCGAACAUGAGUGUGCCGGCAUACAUCGCCCGCCGAGUCCGGUGGCUGCGUGUCCGCAAGUUCACCGUUCUCCUCGCUACACUUGUCGAGCCUGGCACCGAGUCAUUCCUAUGCUCGAUCUAUGGCGCUUGGGGCAUCACAGCUGCACUGGCACCGCAUCUUGAGCAGAAAGGUGUGCAGUGGGCAUCCAGUCUGGGAACCUGGGCUGCAUUCUUUGCAUUCUUCGUCUUCAGUAUGAUUUGCUGGAUCCUGGUUGACUGGACGCUGUACGUCAAGCUGCACUCCGCAAAGGCUAUUGAGAUGGACGAGGGUACCCCAACUUUCACACGGCCCCAACGUUACCGGUCAUCCCAGACUACACGUCGACCAUUCAUGCAAUGGUUUGCUGCCUGGCUCGGUCGUGAAGUGCUGGCCCUGCCCAUCUGGGUCAUGGCUGUGUACGGCGGUGUGACAGUCGUCUGGCGAGACCGGCGCUUCAAGGUCGGCUUUGAUGCAAAAGUACGCGAGAUCGAUCCUGCUGCCGCAAUGCCUUCCUCUAGUGCAACCAACGCGCACUCUGUUCCAGCCCAACGUCCCGGUAGCAAAGCCGGCAAAGUCCGAAGCGAUUGA